ACAGACAGCCCCGUUCAAUGUUGAACUGUGGACGCCGAGUGGUCCUGGCAUGACGUACAGUUAGUGGACCCCAAUGACCAGACCAAACCAGCAGGCGUCCCUCCCUCUUGUUGUCUUGGAGGUUUGGGGAAUAUAAGUAGAAGCAAGUAACCGCAGUUCAGGUUGUCUUUGUCUUAUUCCGCAUUCAUCUUGAACAAGAGCGUUCACAGCAUCAUCAAACAUCAGUACUACAAGCAUUUGUUUAUGUGCAAUACUCCAGGAUUCAGAUUCCCACCAAACGUACAGUUUCAGCAACACCCCAGCAGCAGAACAUCGAGCAACAUGAACUCCAACGUCGGAAACGCCCAGGUCUACGAGGCCGGAGACCAGCGCAACCCGAAGCAGUCCGAGAUCGAGACCCCCGACCGCUACAAUGAGGGCCAGGCUCAUGCCCACAGCAACAUGGACUCCAAGGACGAGAGGUCAAUCAAGAACCGUCUGGCCGCAGCAGAGGCCGCCGACGACUCGCAUCAGGACAGCAGAGAGACACAGUUGCACAAGAAGGACCCAACACUCCCCGCAAAGGAUCACGGCAACGAGCCAUCCCGAGGUGCCAAGAUCGAUGCAGAGAUCCAGGCAGAAGAGGAGGAGAUCCUAAAGAAGAAGGGCGCGAGCUUGCCAGGGCAAAAAUGGUAGAUAAAGACGAGGGAAAAUGACAAUUGUUGGUUUUGUUUUGGGUGGGACACGAGCAACGACUAGGCAUUGUUAUCAUUAGGGGCAUCGCCAGCAUUGGGAUAGGUAUUGCGGCAGGUAAUACAACGAACAGCGUUUUGUUAAACGAACAACACCUUUCACAAUUCAAGGUGGCAUUUUUCGCGUUG